AUGCUCAGAGUAAUUAUAACCAGAUCGAGCAGGGCGAUGAGCUCCGCCGCUCAGGCUUCCGUGUGAGUUUUCGUUAUUUCCUGCUGCAAUAUCAGUUUUACGCAUUUCAGACCCGACAGCGACUCAUCGGCUCGAAAAAUUGGAAAAGCGCUUGAAGUGUACCUGAAGAACAGUCAGAAGCACGUGGCAAUGAUGGAAAAACACAGGUUUUCUUCAUUUUUCGUAAUGCAAUCUUAAAUUUCUAUUUUAGAGCAGAAUUCGAGACGGGACGACGACAUCUCGCGAAAAUGAUGAGUUUGGAUAUUCACGAGCUUGACCAGAAAGCUAUCGACAGGUUUUUAAAGAAAUAAUCCAAAGAACUGAUUAAUUUGCAGAGCAAUCGAGUAUUUGUUUCCAUCGGGACUCACAGAUCCUAAUGCGCGGCCAGUGAUGCGUCCGCCAGACGAGAUCCUUCCAAAAUUCCAAAGAUUCACUUUCGACAACGAGGGAAGGCCCGAAGGAUCGCGUUUUUACACGUUGAGCCCGAAAAUCUACGGAUUAAUGUCGGAAAUUGGAGUCAAAACGCAGUCGGUCAUGAAAUUCUACGACGAGCACGUCGGAAGCCGAUCUGCGAAUCCCAGCGACCUGGAACCAGCGUCAGUUUACUUCAUUUUAUCGAAAUUCCUGAAAAGUUUAACUUUUUUCUUUAGAAAUCUGAGCGGUUCACAAUGGAUGACUGCGGAUAGAAUGAAGAAGAAGCUGUCGGAAAAGUUCUCUCCGGAGCUCUACGGCCAGAUUAUCAUCGCUUUCGAGCACUUGGCUUCCCUUCCCGGCUCUGCAAUCGAACAGAAUUUCCUGAUGGAAUUCCGAGAGCCGAUGACGGCUACGACGGGCUCGAAACUGUUCGGACCGGCCAUUCCGGACGUUCAGAUUUGCGCGCUGACUAAUCGGAGAUUCGCCCAAGUCACGUAAGUGAUUUUGACUUGAAAAUAGAGACAAAAAGCGCUAAGCUACCAAAACCCCCGAAAUCGCCCAUUUUCAUCUGGAAUUUUUCAGAACGCACUGCAAAGACACCCGCGCCGACGUCACAGUCACCGACGCCGGAAAGGGCGUUUUCAACGUGGACGGCCUCGGAUUGCACGAUUUCAGACAUCUCAUGGCCAGGUAGGCCCCUCUCUGCCUCGAAUUUCCCAAUACUUUUAUUGCAGAGAAAUUCUGCUCGCCCCGAUGAUAAUCAGCCAGACUUUGGGUCGGUUCGACGUGAAAGCGACCACUUCCUGCGUCUCGAACUCUCUUCCAGAAGCGCCGAAUAAAGAGAUUCUGUACGUGAUGGGAAAUUGAGAAUUGAGAAGGGAAUUCUCUUUUUGCAGCAAUCGAAGCGGAGGAAUGAGCAGUUUGCCACGUGCCGUCCGCCACGGAACCGCCCUUUGCAUCGCAGCCCUCCAGCCAGAUGUCGCCGAACCGCUUCGACUAGCCGGACUGCUCACACUGGACCCGAGGAAGAAAGAGCGAAGCAAAGUGAACCAGCCGGGAGCACGUGCCAAAUGGAUCUGGAAACGACGUUAA